AUGGUCGAGCUGAACGCAGCACAAGAAAAAGACAUCGACGAGCUUGAAGAUGAUUAUCAGUCAGAUAACGAGGACCCCAAUGCGUUCAAAAUAAGGGAUGCAUUGACGCCGCCGUCCGCGAUGAGCUACUCCGCGCAAGAGCUGCACAGGUACAUACACGAGGGCUACAUUGACCUCAACCCGGUGUAUCAGCGAGACGUCGUUUGGCCCGAGAGCAAGCAGAUUGGGCUCAUCGACUCCAUUUUCCGAAAUUUCUACAUUCCUCCGGUCAUAUUCGCCGUGACCAAAGAUGAAGAUGGGGAGACUGUUCGUAUUUGUGUGGACGGAAAACAAAGGCUGACGUCGAUACAAAAGUUUCUUGACGGCCUGAAGAGCUAUUGGUUCGUUCGUUCCGAGCAGCAGAGAAACACGCGCUUAGAAAUACCAGAGGAGUGGAAACGACGGUUUGCGGAGACCAGAAUUACGUGUGUUGAAUAUCAUAAUCUAGCUCCAGAAAUCGAGCGCGAAAUUUUCCAGCGUGUGCAGCUCGGUGUGACAUUGACUGCGGCAGAGAAACUUCAAGCAAUUUCGUCGCCAUGGGCUGAUUGGAUCGCGGACCUCGAGCUGCGUCAUGUAAAUGAAGACAAUAGGGGACUAGGCAGCGUCCUUGAGUGGGACACUACACGUGGAAGAGACUUCCAAUGUAUCGCGCAGCUUAUCUAUUGCUGUGAUGGCCUCCCAGAGCAGCUGAUCCCCACAGCCCAGAAACUGGAAAAGUGGCUAAAGCGGGUGGAUAACCCCUCAUCAACGUUCAUGGGUCAAAUUAAUGACGUACUGUCGGAGUUCUGGUACAUCGCGACAAAACCAGAGCUCAACAUUGCUUUCACUCAAGUUGACAAGCGCGUCGCGCCUGUUGAAUUUGUGUUCGUUGGCGUCAUUCUCUUCGUCCUUCGAAACCACACCCAUGAAGACAGGGCAAAUGCCCUUCUUCAUAUGCGUUUACGGAUACGAGAACAAUUCCGCGAUGUACGGAACAACACUGUUGUGGGAAAGGCCAUGUGGAGCUACGUUGAUAGUAUCACUGGUCCGGCUGGGUUGAAAGUGUUGGACAUGAGCUCUCCACUACAUGCGCUUGUGUCCACGUCGACGGGCACGAAGCGGAAGAGGAGAGGUUCAGAUGAUGAUGAAGACUAUCAUCCCUCGCCCAUCAAAAGUCUAGGGUCAAAGACGAAAACGCGCUCAUCAGCCAGGAAGUGAUCGUCUCGGGGUCUCAUGAUUUAUGGAAAGGAUGAUUUUAGCUGCACAAAGGUUU